GUGCGACGGAAGUAGUUCCGUAUAAAAAGACUAUUCUGGUUUCUGGCUGAUUCAUUGUAGCUCGCUGGUUUGGUCUGACUGUGCGCUGAAAAACAUUCAUCUAAACGCUUGAAACAUCUGACAGCAGAUCUCAAUAUGGACCGGCUGCUGAGGCUUGGAGGUGGAAUGCCAGGGCUUGGCCAGGGACCCCCCACAGACGCUCCUGCUGUGGACACUGCAGAACAGGUGUACAUCUCCUCUCUGGCCCUGCUUAAGAUGUUGAAGCACGGGCGUGCCGGUGUGCCAAUGGAGGUCAUGGGACUGAUGCUGGGAGAAUUUGUUGACGACUACACAGUGCGAGUGAUCGAUGUGUUUGCCAUGCCUCAGUCAGGAACAGGCGUGAGUGUAGAAGCUGUGGACCCCGUCUUCCAGGCUAAGAUGUUGGACAUGUUGAAGCAGACGGGCAGACCAGAGAUGGUUGUAGGAUGGUACCACAGUCACCCUGGUUUUGGCUGCUGGCUGUCGGGUGUGGACAUCAACACACAGCAGAGCUUCGAGGCGCUGUCGGAGCGAGCCGUCGCCGUCGUAGUUGAUCCCAUUCAGAGUGUCAAAGGAAAGGUGGUUAUUGAUGCCUUCAGACUGAUUAAUGCCAACAUGAUGGUGCUGGGUCAUGAACCGAGGCAAACUACAUCCAACCUGGGUCAUCUCAACAAGCCAUCAAUCCAGGCCUUGAUUCAUGGACUUAACAGACACUACUACUCCAUCACCAUCAAUUACAGAAAGAAUGAGCUGGAGCAAAAGAUGCUGCUGAACCUGCAUAAAAAGAGCUGGAUGGAGGGCCUGACUCUGCAGGACUACAGUGAGCACUGCAAGCUCAAUGAGACGAUCGUCAAAGAAAUGCUGGAGCUGGCCAAGAACUACAAUAAGGCUGUGGAAGAGGAAGAUAAAAUGACCCCGGAGCAGCUGGCUAUCAAGAAUGUUGGAAAACAGGAUCCAAAGAGACACCUGGAGGAGCAUGUAGAUGUUUUAAUGACCUCCAACAUCGUUCAGUGCCUAGCCGCCAUGCUGGACACCGUCGUUUUCCAGUGAUAGAUCCCUGUGUGUAUAACUGUUAAUAUUACAACCAUUGUUUUUCUUUUAUAUAAAAUAAAUGUAUGUAUGAAAUAC